UAAUAAUCUAUAGAAAAAUAAGAUUUUGGGAAUGGACAUUGAUUUUAUAUUUGUGCUUUAUAAACACAUUCGAAUUUUUGAUAAAUCCUUGUGUUUAGCAAUAAUUCAUUUUAAACAUGACACUGCUGAAGCCUGAUGAGUCCUAAAAACGGAAAGAGAAUGAAAAAUUCUGUUAUUUCUCAAUGCCAACUGAAAAGUGCCCCCUAAUAUGAAAUCCAGGUGGUAGAGGGGUCUCUAAUGACAAGGUGUUAACAUACUUGCAGAUGUUUCCUGAAACGUUGACAUUAUGGUGCAGUAUCUCAUGACCACUGGUUUAUAUAAGGAGAUUGCAGCCUGUAAUCUUUGUGUACUAUUGAGGCCCAGUGGGUCAUUUCUGCUCGCUUUGAUUUCAGAGUACUGCUUUAAACGCUUAUAAUCCCAGGAUUUUUCUGCCAUUAAGUGAUGGCUUUUUGAAGGGGGGUGCUGAUGAUAGUGGAUGUGUGCACAUACAAACAUUCAUAUUCUCUAGGAGAGAAGCAGUAGAGACAGUCAUGGUGGAUGAACUUUUAUUAGUUGUCUGUGCACGAGAAUCUUUACCGAACAUGCUCGACAGUUGAGCAGAGCCAGUGAUGCGUUUCAUCCUAAUUGCUGUGUACUUCCUCCUUGUCCUCCCCCGUCAUGCCCUGGCCCUAUGGGCCUGCACGCGCUCUUGUCCUCCCAGUUGCACGUGCACUCACGAGAAGAGUUGCAGCGUCCUGUGUGACCACGUCAACAUGAUGGACCUGCCCAAAGAGUUCCCCUGCGAGGCAUCCUCCAUCAACCUGGACAAGAACAGCAUCAAGUUUCUGUCCGAGCGGGCCUUUGGCACCCUGCCUUCACUCGAGACACUCUCGCUGAACCACAACAACAUCUCCUUCAUCACACCGGGAGCGUUUAAAGGGCUGCCCAACUUGCUGGAACUCAAGUUGUCCCACAACGAGCACAUCCGCUACCUGCACACUCGCUCCUUCACGGCACUCAAGCGCUUGGUGCGUCUGGACCUCUCCGACUGUAACCUGUUCAGCAUGCCAGACCGCAUCUUCCUGGAGCAAAUCUCCCUGAAGGAACUGCUGUGUUUCCAAAACAACUUUCGACAUGUUCCCGGGUCCAUAAGGGGGAUGGAAAACCUCACACAUGUUUACUUGGAGCGCAACAAGAUUGAAGCGGUGGCCUACAGCACUUUGUUGGGCCUAACCAACCUCAAGUACCUCAACUUACAGGAGAAUCGCAUAAACGUGAUACACGAUGAGGCCUUCAAAGAUCUAGUGCGUCUGGAGAACUUCUACCUGAACGAUAACCUGUUGGUCGACUUGCCCCAGCAUGCUUUCAAGGGCCUAAGCAACUUAAAAAUGCUGAAUCUCGGUGGGAACGUGUUGAGCAAUGUGUCCAAAACAUGGUUCAGUGACCUGGUGGAGCUGGAGGUGCUGUACCUGGAUCGGAACCGGCUGUCCUACAUCGAGGAGGGCGCCUUUGAGAACUUGACGAGCCUCAUCACGCUGCACCUCAACAGCAACAAUCUGACGUCUCUGUCCUUCUCCGUCUUCAAGCCCAUCUAUUUCAUCGGCCGCCUGUAUCUCUUUCGAAACCCCUGGGAGUGUACCUGCGACCUGGAGUGGUUGAGGGAGUGGAUGGAGAGUUAUAAGUUGGUGAGAGACAUUCCAUGUGCAUCUCCAUCCUCCGUGGGGGGCUUGGACCUGAGUGAAGUUGUCUACGCUCACCUGAACGGCACCUGUCUGGAUCCCCCGGAGCUCAACCUGACCACAUCUCCUCCUGAGUAUUCCACCAUGGAGAACAAGUUCAAUAGCCUCAUCUCCAGACUUCUACAGCAGGAACUGAGGGACGAGAUGGUCAACGUCACGGAUGGUCUGAGGAACGGCACCCAGCAGGACCUCGCUGAGAGUCAGGUUUCUUCUGGACGUGGACUGUUCGGAGCUCCGCAGACUGUGUCUCUUCUUGUGAUUCUUUUUCAACUCCAGAUUAACGGCAUUAAUGCCUCUUGAGUCUGGUGAAUACCAAAAGGGAUUGAAGUGCAUCCAAGAGUGGAAGUAAUUUUCCAGUAUGGGAAACGUUUGGAUUUAAGGCCGUGAUGAAAUGUUUGAUCUAUCUUGCCAUGAGCGGUGGGUUUUCUCAUGUUGAAUAUGGAAUUCUGGAAGAUAUAAGGGAGUUGGAGAUGAUCAUCUCUUUAAAUGAAUGGAAACUGGUCUUGAAGGGAAAGGAGCACGUUUUAAGCAAAUAAGACUGUAAAGUGUAACUGAGGGCCAUUUUCUGAGAACUGCAACUAGUGGCACGAAUGUUUUUAUAGCAUUAUUUUUUUUAUCUAGAUUUGAUUUAAAACAUCUUAACGUAUCUAUAGUGCAAAUACAUUUGUACCUGUUCUGUUUCAUAACUUUGUAACAUUUGUUGUUUAGGAGGUUCAUCUGAUAAAGUGUCUCUCUAUCAUUUCACCAGAAGGCAUAACACGCUGUCCUCUUUGUUUGGAUCAUUGAAUUGGCUAAGUUUCCAGUUCUGGAAAAUGCAUUAGUCCUCCUAUUCUCUAAAGCUUAAGUGCACUCAGUAACAUAAGCUUCUUCAUAUUGUAACCAAAUGGAUUGGCUUUAUCAUGGUGUUUCUCUGUUACGAUCAUAAAUCUUCACUAUACAGAGCACAACGUGCACAGAAUGAUUUUGUCAUAUUCUGACAUGAGCUUCUGAGCUACUAAAUAUAAAGUAUUUGUGGAAGAGACCCAAUUGUUGUGCUUUAAUACAGAUUUUUGUUCACUUGUGAUUG